GUUUCCCAGAGUCCAUGGCGACGAUACGUCUCAACGGCUUGGUGAGAUCCUAAGCUCGGCUAGGACCCUGGAGGCGGUCAGUCGAGGCAGAAGACGUCGCUGGUGUAGAUCAGGUGUGAUUUACUUUUGGAAUAAGGAGGAAAUUCCCUGCACUGUGGAGGAGCCUUAAGAGGCCUCUGCAAGGUGUGGUGGCAUAUACCUAAAAUCCCAGUACUUGGAAGGACUCUUCAUGUGUCCAAAAAGAGAAUCUAGAGAAAGCAGAUGCCAUGGCCCUUCAGGAACUGUUGACGUUUGGGGAUGUGGCCAUCGAGUUCUCUGAGGAAGAGUGGAAAUGCAUGGACCCUACCCAGAGGGACCUGUACAGGGAGGUGACUCUGGAGAACUUCAGUCACUUGAUCUCACUAGGACUUGUCAUUUCUAAGCCUGAUGUCAUCUCCUUAUUGGAGCAAGGGAAAGAGCCAUGGUUGAUUGCUAAUUAUAUGACAAGACCAUGGGACCCAGACUUGGAGUCAAAGUGUGAGACAUUUCCACAGAAAGAUCUCUUUGCAGUAGAGUCAUUCACAUGGGAGGGAAUGGAAAGCUUUAAAUACCGUGACCCUGACCAUGACUCCUGCUUCACAGAUGACUGGGAAUGCCAAGACCAGUUUGAAAGACAGCAAGGGAGUCAGGCAUGCCAUCACCGGGAAGUGGAAAUCACCUAUGAAAACAUGCCUGCUUUUGAGCAUCACACGUCUGUCACCCUACAUCAGAGCGACAGGACUGGCAAGAAAGUCAUUGAAUGUAGUGAAUGUGGGAAAGUGUUUAGCCGUGGCUCACACCUUAUGCAGCAUCAGAAAAUUCAUACUGGUGAAAAGCCCUUUGAAUGUAGGGUGUGCAGGAAGGCCUUCAGUCGUGUCUCACACCUUGUUCAGCAUCAGAGAAUUCAUACAGGUGAGAAACCCUACGACUGUCAGGAGUGUGGGAAGGCCUUCGGUCGUGCUUCAGACCUCAUUCUCCAUCAGAGACUUCACGCUGGUCUCAAACCCUAUGAAUGUAAAGAAUGUGGACGGACCUUUAGGCAGCAGUCACAGCUUAUUCUGCACCAAAGAACUCAUACAGGUGAGAAGCCCUAUGUAUGUCAAGACUGUGGGAAGGCUUUUAUUCGUGGCUCCCAGCUUACUGUCCAUUGGAGAAUUCAUACAGGAGUUAGACCCUAUCAGUGUAAAGAAUGUGGGAAAGCCUUCAGACAGCACUCACAGCUCACUGUACACCAGCGAAUCCACACUGGGGAAAAGCCCUAUGAGUGCAAGGACUGUGGAAAGGGCUUUAUCCAUAGCUCAGAAGUUACUCGACAUCAAAGAAUUCAUUCUGGGGAAAAGCCUUAUGAAUGUAAGGAAUGUGGGAAAGCCUUCAGACAGCAUGCACAGCUCAGGCGACAUCAGAGUGUUCAUACUGGUGACAGACCCUUUGAAUGUAAGGACUGUGGGAAGGCCUUUAGUCGUAGUUCAUACCUCAUUCAACAUCAAAGAAUUCACACAGGUGACAAGCCCUACGAAUGUAAGGAAUGUGGGAAAGCCUUUAUUCGUGUUUCCCAGCUGAAUAAUCAUCAGAGAAUUCAUACUUAUGAGAAACCCUACAAAUGUAGGGAGUGUGGAAUGGCUUUUAUUCGAAGUUCACAACUUACUGAACAUCAGAGACUUCAUCCUGGUAUCAAACCUUAUGAGUGUCGAGAAUGUGGGCAGGCUUUUAUCCUCGGUGCUCAGCUCAUCAACCAUUACCGAAUUCAUACUCUCUAGAAACAUUCUAGUCUCAAACAUCAGGGAUGUAGACAGGCCUUUAUGCAGAGUUCACACCUGUCAGUGUUAGAUCACACUUGAUGUAAUGUAACUAGUGUUGGAAAACCUUCAUUUGUCACUUCUGUAUAGGAUUAUCAGAGAACUCAUGCCAGUAGAAAAUUCAAGAAAUGUGCAGAUUCUUCUUGCUUUGUUCACUGUUUACUAAGCAUCAGCAAACCUAUGCUAAAAACAACCUAAUAUGAAUGUAGAAAAGUCUUUUAUUAUGGCUCAAAAUAUCCUGUAUUUCUGGGAAUUCCAAAUAGACAGUGACCUGAUUAAAAGAUUAUGUGGCUUGGGCUGACCAGGAAGAUUACUUGGGUGCAAGAGUUUGAAAUGAGCCUGGGCAACAAACAAAUACCCAUCUCAAAAACAUAAAUUGUGAAUGUGGCU